AUGCCACUACACCUUCUCUGGCCGUUUGACGGAGCGGACGGAAAUCCCGCACGGGCCUCUGAAGAAGGCUAUACUUUGUGCUUGGCAAUUCCAUCUCCGGAAAGACAUAAUGACAGUUGGACAAAAGGCGCAGCACGUCGAGGAAGGCUACCAGAAUGGGAGCAGGUGGAGGUCAACACUGCACCUGAUGCAUCAUUUUGUCAGAGUCCAGAAGCCAAAACGACUCCACCGAGUCAAACAUUCCGCUUGGACCUCUCUCGUCCCCCGCUUGGCCUUGGCUCGUCGAAACAUCCGCAAGUUUGCUUGUCCGUCAGUCCUCCUCGCCACCCUUUCAGCAGCCCUCGCGUAAAAUGGAUUCGCAUCAGAUAUUUAGACGAAUAA